AUCUGGAGUGGACUCGAAGAUGCAUUGUCUCAGGGUUUGGUCCGAUCCAUAGGGGUCUCCAACUUCAAUGUCCAACAGUUACAAAGUCUCAUCCAAACAGUGAAUGUAUUUCCAGCGAUGAAUCAAAUCGAAAGUCACCCGCAAUUGAGUCAAAGACAACUCAUAGACUACUGCUUCCAAUUCAAUAUACGAGUAACGGCUUACUCGCCAUUAGGCGCCGGCAGUCUAAUUGGAAAUCCGACUCUUGUGGACAUCGGAAAGAAAUACGGGAAGAGUUCGGCACAAGUGAUGAUCAGAUGGCAAAUACAGAGAGGAGUUGUGGCCAUUCCUAAGAGUACCAAAAGAGAUAGACUUAGAGAUAAUAUCAAUGUAUUUGAUUUCACUCUCACUGAGCAAGAGAUGAAGACUAUUGAAGAAAUACUACUUUUGGUGGCAAUCAUUGAUUGUAUUAUUGAAGUAAAUACCAAAAACACGGGAAAGACAUCCUUCCAGUCCUCCGGUUCCCAAUCAAUGGUCGACUGUUCGGACCCCAGAAGUGGUCAAAAGACAACAACAUUCACCGAUACUAUCACACAAUGUCUCGACAAGAAAUGGCUCUUAAGAAGUACUAACACUACUCAUGAGGCCUGUUAUCAGUUGGAUCUGCUGUGUAAUGAAGCGAAACAUUUUCAGCAAAAUUGCAAACCAAUGGACGGAAUGGCAGACGUGUGGAAAGCCUACGAAGAGAUAGUGAACAGCACUCGACUCACACACGGCGUGAAUCUGACCAUAACUUAUGUCCUAAAAAGAUGA